AUGGAGAAUCCAAUCGAAAAGAGGUUGGAAGAAGGGUUAGGCACAGGUUCACAACUUGUAGUCGAAGAGGAUAAUAAUAAAAGAAGCACUAGUCAUCAAGGUAAGAAAGACGAGGUAGGCAUUCACCCCAGCAAUGAGAACGAGGAAAACAAUGUGGUAAUAUCUGACCAGCCUGAGGAACUGAAGGAGGAGCAACCACAGAAAAAACAAAAGACUAAGAGGGUUGCAACCUUGGAUGCAUUUAGAGGACUCACGAUAGUGUUGAUGAUACUUGUGGAUGAUGCUGGAGGAGCAUAUUCACGGAUAGAUCAUUCACCAUGGAAUGGAUGCACAUUGGCUGAUUUUGUAAUGCCCUUUUUCCUCUUCAUUGUUGGAGUUGCAAUAGCCCUCGCCCUAAAGAAAAUUCUGAAGGUCAAUUCUGCUAUUAGAAAGAUAAUCUUAAGAACAUUGAAGCUUCUCUUUUGGGGAAUUAUACUGCAAGGAGGAUAUUCUCAUGCACCAGAUGUUCUGUCCUAUGGAGUUGACAUGAAGCAAAUCAGAUGGUGUGGCAUCCUCCAGAGAAUAGCUUUGGUAUACUUUGUUGUGGCUAUUAUAGAGACCCUCACCACCAAGCUUAGACCAACCGUUCUAAAACCCGGUUCUUUCUCCAUUUUCACCGCCUAUAAAUGGCAAUGGUUUGGAGGCUUUGUCGCAUUUGUAAUAUACAUGGUCACAACAUUCACUUUAUAUGUUCCUGACUGGAGCUUCGUCGUGCACCAUGAGCAUGGAUCUGAAAAAUACACUGUAAAAUGUGGUAUGAGAGGACAUUUUGGACCUGCCUGCAAUGCAGUUGGCUAUGUUGAUAGACAAGUCUGGGGUAUUAAUCACCUGUACUCACAACCCGUUUGGUCAAGAUUAAAGGCUUGCACCUUUAGUUCACCUGAUUCUGGCCCAUUUCGCAAGGAUGCACCGAGUUGGUGCCACGGUCCAUUUGAACCUGAAGGCCUGUUGAGCACAAUUUCAGCCAUCCUUUCUGGCACAAUUGGCAUUCACUAUGGACAUGUAUUAAUUCAUUUUAAGGAGCAUGCUGAAAGGCUCAAGCACUGGGUUUCAAUGGCGCUUGUUUUACUUAUUGUAGCAGUUAUUCUUCAUUUUACAGAUGCUAUUCCUAUCAACAAGCAGCUAUACAGCUUCAGCUAUGUUUGUUUCACAGCUGGUGCAGCUGGAAUUGUAUUUUCAGGGUUCUACAUACUGAUUGAUGUCUGGGGACUGCGUACGCCAUUCUUGUUCCUGGAAUGGAUAGGGAUGAAUGCAAUGCUGGUUUUUGUAAUGGCAGCUCAGGGAAUUUUUGCAGCUUUCAUUAAUGGAUGGUAUUACAAGAAUCCAGACAACAAUCUAGUCAACUGGAUUCAACAGCAUGUUUUCAAUGAUGUUUGGAAAUCUGAAAGAGUGGGGACGCUAUUAUAUGUAAUAUUUGCUGAAAUCACCUUCUGGAGUGUGGUUGCUGGAAUCUUACACAAACUGGGAAUAUACUGGAAAUUAUAA